AUGUUUUAUGAUGAGAGUGUUCUCCUAACAAUUGCAUCAGCCAUAGGGAAACCAGUAAAGGUGGAUCUGAAUACUCUAAACAUGACACGGGGCAGGUUUCCAAGGGUCUGUGUCGAGAUCAAUCUAAAUGAACCAGUCGUAGGAAGAUUUUUCCUCAAUGGUGUUUGGUAUAACGUGGAGUAUGAGGGCUUACAUCUGUUGUGUUCGUCGUGCGGCUGUUAUGGGCACGUUCUACGAAACUGUCCACAUAUAGCUCGGCCUGUGCCAACGACAAACGGCGUGGGAGAGAAGGAGGUUGUGGAACAGCCGUCAAGGGAAGCAAUGUGCAAUGCAGAUUACGUUGCUCAAUCAGGAGAGCAAUCCACUCUGCACGCAAGGGGGACAAUCACGCCAGAUCCGCAUGGGGAAUGGCUGAUCGUGAAACGGAAAAAUCGGAAACACAAUCUCGGGAAACCGUUGAGCAAGGGGCGAUCUUCCUCUCAUUAUGGGACUGCGGAAAAUAAGGAGAAGAUUCAGGCCCUUCCGAGUUACCCUACGCGAGGAAUCCACAUUGAGGCCGAAUCACGUGAGGUUUUUAAAAACCCACGUGCAGUGACAGGGACUCCAAGUGAACGUGAACAGGACCAUGCAAGAGUGAAUCAACGUGCAGUGAAAGUGAAUCCAAGUGAGUGUGAACAGGACCAUGCGCGAGUGAACCAACGUGCAGUGAAAGGGAACACGCGUGAAAGUGAACGUGAACGGGAACGUGAACGUGUUGAUAUAGGCCACGUGACGCCUGUGAAUCAAAACGAAAUGAGCUCCAGUAAAGAUACUAAAAAACGUAGCAGAGUGGAGGACAUUGGUGCCCGCCCACGGCCCACUCUAGAUGGCGGUCUCAUGUUAUCUGAUGGCAUACUUCAUAAGGGCCGCAGUUCGCAAGAGAGUCCUCCUCUUGGCAGCUCACGAGACGUGCACGAAGGACUCACUGGGAACCUGCAUAUGGGCUUGGCCUCCAGUGCACUACAAACCGGUUGCAAGACCCUUGUACUUCAUGAGUCAGAGGACAGUGGACAAGACAUAUUGGGGACGGAGGAUGUUAUGAAAUAUGACCAGCUGUUGGAAGAGGAGGCCAUGAUGAUACAGCAGGUUUGGGCUCAUCUUCGGGAGUUGGGGGGACAGAUUACGCUUCCAUGGCUAGUGCUUGGGGACUUCAAUGAAAUUAUGUUGUCAACGGAGUAUCGUGGGGGUCGUUUCUCGAUGGCACGGGCAUCACAGUUUCUAGAGGUUUUGAAUGAUUGCAAUCUUCUCGAUAUGGAGGCUAAGGGCCUUCGCUUUACGUGGUAUCGAAAUCAACGAGGGGUUGUGCUGGCAAAGCGGUUAGACCGUGUGGUGUGCAAUGUCGCGUGGCAAGCAAUGUUUCCGGAAGCAUAUGUUGAGAAUCUGUGCCGGGUCUAUUCUGAUCAUUGCCCACUUUUACUACGGCGUGACGGCUCAAGAGACAAGUCUCCGGAUCGACCCUUUCGGUUCCAAGCUGCAUGGGCCACCCAUAAAGAUUUUGAGCGAAUUGUUAGGGAGGCGUGGUGUCGUAGCACGCCGACCCUUGUUAAUGGGCUACAAGUAGUUCGAGUGGAUGCCAUCAAGUUUAACAAAGAGGUGUUUGGGAAUAUCCUUACGAGGAAGAAGGCUCUCCAACGUCGUCUUAAAGGGGUACAACUACAACUAGAGAGAGGGGAUUCAGAGAGCCUGUCGCGCUUGGAGAAAGCUAUACAAAUGGAGUUGGACGAAACUUGUCUUCAGGAGGAGUAUCUAUGGUUUCAGAAAUCUAGAGAGUAG